UGGCCGCGAGCGGGCGGCUCUUCUGCUGCGGCGAAUGUCGGCGCGCGCCGCCGCUGCCCCGAGGGGAGGUCUGCUGAGGGGAGCAUCCUCCCGAGCGCUGCGGACGAUGUACCGCGGGGUCCCCAACUCCCGUCUUGGGCUGGACCUGGGCGGGGGCAGGGGCGAGUGACCCUCUGGAGCAGCUUCGCCAUUUAAUGACAGCAGUGACGCAGCUGUGAGGUGGGGGGAACAGGUAUUUCCUCCUGGUUUGCAGAAGAGGAAAACGAAUUAUUUGGCUCAUCGACUUGUCCAAGGUCGCACGGGCAGUAUUGGAAAAGCCUGGACUUGCACUCCGGGGAUCUUCUGACUCCAGAUCCUGGGUUUUUAAUUCUCCUUGGUUAGCCUUUGGCUAUCGAGCAUAAGUACUUAUGAGGGGAAAUGUUUUGGCACCUGCCAGUUGCAGGGAAGAAGAGCCCGGACCUCGGGGAGUAUGAUCCCCUCACACAGGCCGACAGUGAUGAGAGUGAAGAUGAUCUUGUGCUUAACUUGCAGCAGAAGAACGGAGGGGUCAAAAAUGGGAAGAGCGCCCUGGGAGAAGCCCCAGAGCCUGACUCAGAUGCCGAGGUGGCAGGGGCUGCAAAGCCACAUUUUUCGGAGGUCACCACGGAGGGCUACCCUUCGGAGCCCCUUGGGGACCUGGAGCAGAAGGCAACCUCUUCCAUCGUGUCUUACGUGCGCACGUCUGUGUUUCUGCUGACCCUGGUGAUCUCCAUGGUCCUGGUGCUCGUCUGUGCUUUCCUGAUCCCCUGUCCCCCCCGAGAUCUGCACAGCACAUGGAGCCGCCACGUGGGCCCCCAGGGAGCCGGGGACCUGUCUCCACUGGAACUGGCUGAUGUGAAUGGAGAUGGCCUGCGUGAUGUACUUCUCUCCUUUGUAACUUCAGGGAACAGGACUGCAAUUGGUAUCUCAAAGUCAGCAGCCAUUCUGGUGUGCCUUUCGGGAAUGAAUGGCAGCACCCUCUGGUCUAGUCCCCUCCCUGAAGAGGCCCGAGAUAUUACAUGUUUGGAUCUGAUGCCAGGAAGCACGGCUGGAACCGUCUGCCUUGUGACAGGAACACACAAGAUGCUCAGCGCAUUCAACGCGACAUCAGGGAAAAUCAUUUGGACUUUAAACCCAAACUAUUUAUCCAACGGUACACUGGCUGCCCCGGGGCUGGUGCUGCCAGACUUGGAUGAAGACGGCGUCAGAGAUCUUGUUGUUCUGGCUAUUGGGGAACUGCAGCCGGAUCUGUGCUUUCUGCUGGUGUCUGGCCAGACAGGAAGUCCAGUUGGCCGACCUGUGAAGUACAACAUCCUGGGAGUGGGGAAUCUGAUUGGUCCUCAGGCUUAUGUCACCACAAAUGGGGCUGUCUACAUCCUGUUUGGCUUUGGAAAUAUCCAAGCUGUUGCCCUGCGGGACAUUUUUGUUCAGGCCCAAAAUCGAGGCUCACCACCUUCUCUGCAGAUAGAAGAGCCAGAAUGGGAAAAGCGAAGACCCAUCAACCUGUCUGAGCUCAUUGACAUUUACAGCGAUGGUGUUGAACUGCUCCAGAUGGUGAGGGCACCGGAUUCCAACUGCAGCAAUCUCCUGAUUACAACCAGACAAGGCCUCGUCCUGCUCCGGGGGCAAAAUCUUACACCUUCCUGGACGUUGAGCCUUCAAGGCCUGCGCAGCCAGCCUACUCCUGGGUAUUUCACGGAUGAUCAGACGUUAGACUUUCUUCUGCAGAUACAGGAUGGCAUUGGGAUGAAAAAGGUGGUGGUGGUGGACGGGGACUCUGGCUCAGUCACUUGGAGUCACAGUGUUCCAUGUCACAUGAAGGAAACACCAGCCACCUCAGCAGUCACGUCGGACCAGAAGUCUGUCUUCCUCUUCUGGGCUGAAGGGCUGUCCCCUGCAUCUCUCCAUUCCGACAUCAUCCUGGGCCCCGAGCCACGCAGCCUUCACCACCUGUACCUCCUGCAUCCUGCGUUCCCCUCGAUCCUUCUGGAUCUGGCCAAUGCCACGGGCACAGUCACAGCCUCAGAAGUUGGAAUUAACGACCUCUGGAAAGAUGCCUUUUAUGUUACGAGGAGAACAGGGCCAAGCUCCGAAGGCCGUCUGGCACCCCUGGUGGUCAGCAAGCUCAGUCUCCGGUGGGCACUGAUGGAGGGCCAGAUGGUCCAGCUAAAGGACACCACCCCCAAAAUUGGCCGUGGGGAGCUGCGAAGAUUCCUCUCUAGGAUAAAGUUUGUUGAUUCUCCCUAUUAGGUUCCCUCCUCUUCUCUGCCAUGAAGAAGUGAGUCAUGGAUCCAUGUACGUUUCCGCCUAGAUGUCGACGAUGGAAGUUAUCCGUUUCAGAAGAAGUGAACAGAGGGCCACUCUCUCCUGUCAGUGUAAAGCCGGUUCUUUGGAGAGAAGGAAGACUCCACCUCAUUUCCCCACCUCUGUGUGAUUGCGGCACGUGGGAAGGCGCUUCAGGUGCUUGGACAGCACAGCCCCGGUGGCUGGGGUCUCUUACCUGCCUUCUGGUCCCUGCAUUGACCCCCUCUUGGCACUCUGUGUGGACAGUUUGGAAAUGUGAAUCUGAGAAGUGUUUUACUUUUUUGUAUGUCUAAUUUAUAAAAUUAAGCUGGGAAAUCCAGUGAAAGUUCUUCACUGGAACGUUUUGUUUUGCCUUAUGCCACGUCGUAUAUUUUUUAGUGUCAUGAUGAAAUAUUUUCUAGAUGUGUUCUAAGCUCCAGGGACCCAGUUUCUUAUUCUUCUGGAAUACGUCUGAUUUGUUGGGUCAUUUGAGACGUCCAGAUCGCCUGCCUCUGUUUUUGAGGCCACUCCUUUCUGUCCUUAUUCUCUCCCCACCUCUGCCUUGGCCUCUUCCAGCUCAGAAGCAGUGAGAAAGCCUGAGAGGGGGAGACUGAGUCAGCCACCCAGCACUGUCCUCUCUUUCUUGUCUCAGGUGUCCUGUCCUCUCAUACCUUCCAUCUCUACAUAGGCAGUGACCACAGAGUAACCAUGUUCCUAUCAGAAAGGGAACAAGUGGUGUCCAUGGCCCACUGCUGCCAAGGCCCAUGGGUUCCGUGGUUUUGAUCGUUCUGCCCGUCACGGCCAUUUUUACUGCAGAACCUUCCAAGGGCUUACGUGUGAGUGGCGGCCUCAACGCGCAGGGCAGCCGGAGUCAGGAAAGACCGAGGCGACUCCCUUACCCAGCUUCACCUCCGCUUUGCUUUCAGCUUCCCUCCUGCUGGGCGGCCUUCUUUCUGCCUCUCCUGUUGCCCCCCUUUUCAUGGAUAUUUCUGCUUUGCCCGCAUGAGAGCAGAGCUGUUUCUGGGCUUUACUUCUUGAUUCCGGUAUGCAGCCAUUUUGCCCUGCUCACCUCCUUCCUUGCAGAGCCUUUGAAGCAUUGUCUUUUGAGAAAAUUCCUAUGUAAAUACUAUAGCUUUUAUAACUGGUUAAGUUCUCUAGGAUCAUCUCCAGUGCUUGCUUCUCCCUUCUGCUAUAUAAAUGUGUUAUUGCUAUCAAGUUCUCUCCUAAGCUUCUAGGUCAUUGUUUAUAUAGCAGAAGAUCCCACAUUAGCUGGGGGAGAACUGCUUUUCUUAUUGAAUAAUUUCAAAAGAUCAUCUGUGAGUACAGCUCAGGUUUUACUUGAGCCUGUAUCUUCUUAGUUUGUGUUAAUAAAGGGAUUCCAGAAAAGUUAGAGAUUACAGAAAAUUGGGGAUCCCAGAUUGAAAGGGGUCUGUGUGUCUCAGUUGCCCACUGGGAGGCAUCAUGACAUGACAGAAGGUCGGCAGCAGCUGCCUGCAGAUCAGCCCCAUCGGGUUCUGGUCAACCCCCUGCUUCAAGGCCCUGCAAGCAAAUUAGGUUUGAACACUUCAGAUGGCAUGUGUGAGUCCAGCUUAUUGUAAACCUGGGGAACAACGCGAGGAUCCCCAGGAGUACGGGGAUGAUUCCAGAUUCACUCCUAGUGAAUCUAUAUGGGCAGAAGAGCCUGGGGUCUAGUCGGGUCUAGUAGAGAAUUCUAAGGACUAAUUUAUAGUCGCCUGAACACCUACAACUUGGGUGGUGGUCCUGUGGCCUGGGCUGAGCCAGCUAGGUCUAAGCCUGGUACUCUUCCAGGUUGAGCCUUUCUGGGAAGCCAGCCACUUCAGGCAGGAGUAAAAUGCAAAGUUGUUUACUGGGGAACUGGUCUGGGGGGGUUGUUUUGGGCAGAAGACUGUAUUUAUGCUGGGUGAGUCCCAGAAACAUACAUAAGAGGAAGUCGGAAGAACAUGGUGUUCCUCCGUUCUUCACACUGACCUAGCAGAUUUUUUGGACGGUGAUAAGUUUGCUCCCUCGUUGCUAAACACGGUGCAAGCUCGGGGUUUCUUCUCCCUCUUGCAGCCAGUGCAGAGGGUGUAAAUGCAGAUGGACAAAGCUUCACGUGACGGGUGUGGGUGCUGGUCUCCUGUCAAACGUGUCCCUAAACUUCCUUCUCUUCCGAGGCAGUCACCCAACCAGACAUAUGAGAUGGGAGGUGCUCCUCUCUCCCCCCACUCCCAGCAUGGGGUUGCCCACAAAGCCUGUAUGACCACUAUUUAGGAAUAGUGAUGAUGUCUGCAAAUGCAAGGGUCUUCCUCCUCCAAACCUCUCCUGUUUCCUUCCCUUCCAAACCCCUCUACUCUGGACACCAUUCUCCCCAUCCCCGAGAUGGUCUGUACUCACCUUCUCAUGAGGCAUGGCCCUACCAACCCCCCUGAAUGUGAACUGCUGUCCUUAUUGCCCACGUGAAAGAAGGGCCAGCUGGGGUGCUGUCAGGAAGCACUAUUUCAAAUGUGAAUUGUUACAGAAUAAAAACUCCAUGUGGGAAACACA